UUAGGACCAUUAUCUGGCAACCUCUGCUGUCCCUGUGUGUUGCCGUUGGUCGACUCAUAAAGACGUAGAAACAUAGAAAUAGAGCAGAUAGAGCUUGAACUAUUAACUGGAUUUUUUUUGUGUAUUUUUCGUCACUCCGCCCUGGAGGGUUGUUCAGACUGAAUCCUGAACAAUACACCGAUGCGCAGGGUUUCCCGCAGAAACCCGAUCCUGUGGAUCAGUGGCACAUUAACAACAUCGGCGCAGUUCUCCUGGGGACACUUCUACCACACAGAGCUCUGUCUGCAGCUCUGCAGCCAGCCAGCCGCUCUGCAGAAAAAGGGGGCCGCAAAAACAUGGAUCUCGUAAUCAAGCCGAGAGCAAAGUCAUUCGUGUGGCUUUAUUUCGGCUAUAAAGCUGGCGAAAAUGGCCGGCCGUUGAAUCCCGACGAGGUCGUUUGCCGUUUAUGCCGAAAGAUUGUGUGCGCAAAGGGAAACACCACGAAUUUAAGGAGUCAUCUGAGGCGUCGACAUCCAAGUGAGUUCAAUGAGAGCAUUGGUUCUGCGACCGCUGGACCUUCCCUGGAGCCUCAAGCUCUAGAUCUCAAUCACGAAGAACUCAACGAGGACGUGUCGCUCCUCCAGACACCUACCACCUCCAACUACGUCCCCGAUGCGGUGGUCCCGCCGGGCGAGCCGUGGCUCCACGGCGGCCCCUCCCGGGCCGUGCUGUCCCUGCCUGCCUGCCUCUCCCUUCGUUCGGACGGGGCGUCGUCGGGCGAGGAACAGAUGGAGCUGAAGGUGUAUGCCAAGUGCCAGCUGCAGCAGGGGGUCCUGUUUGGGCCCUUUCUGGGCGAGGUGUGCAAGGGGCAAAUGCCGAGCAACCUCAGAUAUGCCUGGGCUAUCAGAGAUGAUUUUGCUUUCACCUAUGUUGAUGCAUCUGAUGAGAACAAAUCUAACUGGAUGAGAUAUGUGUCGUAUACGAGCAACGAGGACGAACACAACUUGGUGGUUUUCCAGUUUUACCGUCACAUCUACUACAAAGUUUCCCAGUCCAUCUCAGAGGGAACGGAGCUCAGAGUCUGGAUCGGGAAGGAUUACGCCUCGCUUUUGGGUCUAGGCAUGAGUGGCAAUGCAAAAUGUGAAAUUGGAGACAAGGAAACUGCGCUGCGCCUCCUGCAGGACGUCCAGCUGGUUACCCUCCCAGAGCCGAGCAGCACCUCGCUUUGGUCCGACAGCAGCCAAUCACAGAGCCCCAUGCCGGUCAUCAGUGAGGUGACGACUGUGUCAAACCCAGAGGCAGGCGCUGAUCCGGGCUCUGCCUUCUCCCCAGCCACCCAGAGCCAGUUCGUUUACAGCAGCUCCAGUGUGACCGACAAGUACGAUUUCCUGCCUGGCAGCGAGAAGCUGCUGAGCCAUCCAAAUGCCCAUCAGCACAGCGCCUGGCAGUUUUUUGGUUUGGAGCCGGAUCCCACCGGUCGGCCUCUGGAUCGAAGCAUGGCGGUGUGCAAGUUGUGCAUGGAGCGUGUGAGCUGUGGAGGAGGAGCCGCAGACCUCCAGAACCAUUUGACCAUCAAGCAUCACCUCAAACCUCGAGACAUCACCAAGGAUCGCGUCCUGGCAGCAGGUCAGCGUAUCGUUCCUGUGAUGGCUCCCGGCGGCGUUCACACCAGCUCUCAUGUCGCAACCUCUUCUCAAGUGACUACUGCCAUCACCAGCUUCCUUAUCAAGGAUCUCCAGUCGCCAACUCUGGUGGAAGGAGAAGGCUUCAAACAGCUGCUGCACACGCUGCUGCCCUCCUUCAAGGAGCCGCUCUCCUCCCAGCAGCUGCAGACCAUCCUUAGAGACCACUACAUCAAGGCCAAGAUCAAUCUGGUCCAGCUGCUGAGGAGAAAAACCGCGAGCGCCGACAUCGAGGAGAUGAGCGACUACACCGCUCCUAUCGAGUUCGAGCCCCGGAGGCGGGGGCGACCCCAGAACCUCCUGAGAGCAGCUUCUCACUUUGUCACUUUGAGUGUGGACGUUUGGCUCCACAGCUGGCAGAACAACUGCCAACAUUACCUCACCCUCUGGGCUCAUUACAUUGAUGAUUGUGACUUCAGUUCUCACAACCUGGCUCUGGCCACCCAAAGACUGGAGGAGAGUGGAGCGAAGGACUUAAAGCUCCAGGCAGUGGAGACGCAGGUGAAGGCGAUGGCGCAGGAGUGGGGGGUCAGCCAGCCGAACCUGGUCUUGCUGGGAAUGGAGGGGAAGCACAGGAUGAUGCUGCGGCCCAUAAAAACGGAGAAGGGAGUGGAGGCUACAGGGAGCCUCCCCCAUCCAAAUUCGACAACCUUUUUAGAGAGGGAUGACUCGGCGUCACCCGAGGAACCGCAGGUGUCCGCCGAGCACUUCAGCGAGGGGCUCCCCUCCGUCCCGUGUUUCUUCAGCGCCGUGCAGGGCUGCGUUGAGGAGGUGAUGCUGCACCCGGUGAUCUUCAAGACCCUCUGCCAGUUCCAAGGCGUUCUCUCCAACCUGCUGCUGCCUCCAGCUCAGAAGAGAGGCUUGUACCACCAUCACGCGCGGAAGCUGCUGCACAGCCUGACCAAGGCAGAGCAGGACCGGAUCAAGCUGUGGGCUCACAGCCAGACCACCUGGAAUUUGCUCUAUCCGUUACUAAACUCUCUUAUCAAACACAAGAGCCUAAUCUGUGAUAUAAUAAGGGACGUUAAUGAAGAAUGCAUGGCCAGAGAGGAGACGGCCACCGAGUCGUCGGGCAGCUACCAGGCAAACUCCGCAUCCAGCACGUCGUCGACGAGCCUCCCCUCAUUGCGCUCCGAGUGGAAGGUGGUGGAGGAGCUCUGCUUGGUCCUCAAGCCUCUGGACGUGGCCUGUAGAACUUUGGCCAAAGAGGCCUUCCCUCGUCUGUCCCUCAUCAAACCCAUUCUCACAGGCUUGCUGUCACGCCACCUCGUGCCUCGGCCGGGCGACUCCUCGUCCAUCCUGAAGGAAGUGAAGAGGAUGAUGAGACGGAACCUGGCGAGCUGCUACGACAACCCAGCAGUGAACAGGAUACUGUGUGUGGCAUGUUCCCUCGACCCCCAGUUUCAUGGGCUGGGCUUCAUGGAGGAGAAGGAGCAAGUGGCCACAUUCAACUGGCUGAAGCAGGAGGCUGUGAGGAUUGCGAAGGAGGACAGGAAAGGGGUGAAAGCCAAUCAGAUGAAGAGAAGCUCCCCUCCCGUGUCCCCGGAGUCAGACAGCGAGAUCCUGCGGCGGAGCAAACGCCUCAAAGAGUGUCCACCGAUCAACUUCAGAGAGCUCAUCGUGGAAGACGAGUUCAGCGACGCUGGGGAAAACGACGACUGCGGCGACCCGUCGGACCCGUCUUGCCACGCGGGGCUCACUGGCAUGGAGUUCCUGCUGGGCGACCUGUUCUGCUCCACCCCCAGGAGCCGGCAGAGCUCUGUGGAGGAGUCCGUCGACAUGGAGAUGUCCGUCUUCAGAGCCGACAGAGGGGCUUCGCUGGGGGUGGAGCCGCUGCAGUGGUGGAGGACCAAGGCGACUCAGUUUCCGCUGCUGGCCUCUGUGGCGCGGGUUUACAUGGCCGCUCCGGCCGUGGCGGGAAAUGCCGCCCAGGACUUCGCACAGGAAGGACCGGGGAGAACCACGAACAGGAAGAGGUCCACCAUUCCGCCCGAAAGUCUGGACGCUAUCUUGUUUCUGCACCACAACCGCAUUUCCACGGCUGAGGGUGGGCAGGAAUGAUGGCGGGAAAAAGGUUUAUUGAACAUUAAAGGCGUUUCUUUUCCCCAGAGAGGUUCUGAUGAAACGAACUGAGCCAUUCCCUUCUGACUGGACUUGUCCGAGUUAAAAGUGAUCCAGAAACCAAAUCUGCAAGAUGAUUUAAAAUUUGAAAAGCAGUGUCGUCCUGGAAAACCAAUCGGCAAAGAUCCCCUUCAUCUGAUUUUGCAGAUAGGUGGUGAAGUUUUUCUUUUUAUGUUUUAUUUUAUUUUUAUUUUUUUUGGCUGCAGACUGCAAAAUUGUAUUAGAUUAGAUUUUAACUACUGAUUUUGAUUUAAUUUAGUCGAUUACCCUGUAGUCCUUUGUGCCUUAUCUCGUUUCGUUAGCCACGCCGUCACAUGAAAUGUUUUCUAACCAAAUUCAGCUUUUCUUCCCAACUUCUUUUUGUACCCACAGCUGGUUAUUAAAAUGACUGAACUGUUCCUGGACUCGUUUUCUGCUGUUUGCCUUUGAUUUUUUAUUUUCCUGUUUUGUUGAUAAAAAUAUGAAGUAAAAGUAAAAGAUUGUAUCAGUUAUGAUCGCGUUGCAACGACACUAUUAAGUAAACGUAAACUGUAAAACAUGCUGUCAUGUUCAAAUAAAGGUUAGCAUAACCUCUGCUGUGAUAAUUUUGUACCACCUUGUAUUACUAAGCAUAAUAUCUGUAUCAUAGACUUUAGAGAAGGAAUUUUAUACAGUCGGUGGUCUGUAUUGUGCGUCCUCGAAUGUAUUCUUUCAGCUUUUUAUAAACAAACACAGGAAAAAAAGGUUAUUGUCCGAGUCAUGUAGCAAACCUGUCCUAUACUUCUUUUUCCAAUAAAACAGCUUUAACAAGA